UUAGCCAUUGCUCUCACAAGCCUGUGGCUGUAACAUCCAAUCCCAACUUCACAUUUGAUUUUAUCUUCCAAAGAUGAAGGUGCAGCAGCUCUUGUCUGCAGCAUUGAUAUUGCUUCUUCUCACUGAUCUUGUCCUCAUCACCUCUUCAAUCACACUGCCUGCAGCUUCAAGUGAUUGUGAUGAGAAAUGUGGAGUGAGGUGUUCAAAGGCAGGAGUGAAGGACAGAUGCCUGAAGUAUUGUGGGAUAUGCUGUGCGGAGUGCAAAUGUGUGCCUUCUGGUACUUAUGGGAACAAGCAUGAGUGCCCUUGCUACAGAGACAAGAAGAACUCCAAGGGCAAGCCUAAAUGCCCUUGACAGAAUUCAAAUACAUUUUAAUUCACCCCCUGCCCCCUUAUUUUGUUUGCUUUAAUAUAUACAGAGAUAGAGGUGUUGGUUUUGAACCAAACAAGGCACAAAUAAUAACGUUGUCUGCUUCAGGGGCGAUCUGCGUAUUGUAUCUCUUUCUGCAACGUGCAUGCUUUCGUGCACUGAUUUUCACUAUCUACUCUAUAAUAUAUGUAGUGGUGUUUUGUUUAUGAAGGUAAUAUUGUUAUCUUGUUUGGGGAAGUAUGUUUAA